GCCGGGGAGCGGGGCCCGGAGCCCGGGGAAGAGCGCCAACCGCCCCGCCGCCCCCUCCGGACCCCGCGGGGAUGGAGGGCGAGAGCACCUCCGCGCUGCUGUCCGGCUUCGUGCUCGGAGCCCUCGCCUUCCAGCACCUCAACGCGGACUCCGACUCGGAAGGAUUCCUCCUUGGAGAUGUGAAAGGAGAAGCAAAGAACAGCAUUACCGACUCUCAAAUGGAUGAUGUUGAAGUAGUUUAUACAAUUGACAUACAAAAGCACAUUCCAUGCUACCAGUUGUUCAGCUUUUACAACUUUGUGGGUGAAGUGAAUGAGCAGGCACUGAAGAAAAUAUUAUCAGGCUGCAAAAAGAAUGUAAUAGGUUGGUAUAAAUUCAGACGUAAUUCAGACCAGAUGAUGACGUUCCGGGAGAGAGUGGUUCACAAGAAUUUACAGAUGCACCUCUCAAACCAGGGACUUGUUUUCCUGUUGCUGAGACCCAGCAUAACUACAGAGAGCGGCUCCACUCAUCGACUGGAACAUGCGUUACACAGACCUCAGGAAGGGCUCUUCCACAAAGUGCCUCUAGUGGUUUCCAACUUAGGGAUGUCAGAACAGCAGGGUUAUAAGACCGUAUCCAGUUCUUGUACAUCUACUAGUUUUGGCAGAGCAGUAAAAACUCACAGGUCAGAAUUUUUUAAUGAAGAUGGAUCUUUAAAGGAAGUCCAUAAAAUUAAUGAAAUGUAUGCUACUGUACAGGAGGAAUUAAAAAAAAUAUGUUCUAAAGUGGAGGACAGUGAGAGGUCAGUAGAGAAACUACUAGCAGAUGUUAACAAACUGAAACAAGAAAUAUCUAAAAGGAAGAGUAUGCGGACUCAGGACUCAGGUACAAAAAAGAGUAAUUCAGAAGAAUCAAAAGAGAACAGUUUCCUGUGUCAGGCUUUAAGAACAUUUUUCCCAAAUACUGGAUUUCUUCACUCAUGCAUUGUCUCUCUGAAAAGUAGACACAUCUGUAAAAGUUUCUGCAACACUGACCAUGAGCACAAUGUGAAGGAUAAGCUAACUCUAAUGCUGGAAGACGCAGACUCCCCCGAAGCUGAAACACGACAGAUGGUUAAGCGUAAGGCUAUCGCCACAGAGAACAGAAGACCUUUCAAGAAAUCAAGACUGUUGCAGCUCCAGAAUAAAUCUCAGGAUAGUGACCAAGAAAAAAUGUUUUCCAUGAGCAGUACGGAGACAGAUGAAGAUGUUGAGAAACUGAAGGAUGCCAAGGAAUAUUCACAGACACAGUCUCCUACUUUCUAAUCCUUUUAUUGGCCAAACAACCUUUUGCCGAGGUCAUUUAAUCCCGAAGUUACGGCAUUCAAGCAAACCCUAAUUUAAGAUAUUUGGAAUCAUAACAAAUGACACCUCUCCAAAUGUAUAUCCUAUUUCAGUUUUACAACAUAGUUUCAACUUUAGCACAUGGCAAGGGUGGUUGGGGUUUGGGGUGGCUCACAGGAACCAUAGGGAAGUGGAAACCAAUUUCAGAAAUUUCUAGAGAGAAGGGAGAAAAGGGGGAAUGCUUAAAGAGGGCAGAGUUACCAAUCACCGAAGUUGACACAUCCGUUUGUUUUCAGGAUGAAAUAAAUACUAAAUAAAACCUAUUGUGGAACUUCUCUGCGUAUUUAUACGUAAAUAUUAAUAAUUGGGUAAACAAUUCUUAUUUUAUUGUAAAAUAGGGUAUCUGACCAAACUUCAGGGACCAAUCGCCCCCCACCCCUAUUUUUAACAUUGUUACUUUGAGAAAAUUGGUUUUGACUUAUCUUUAAAUUUAAGAUGCAGUUUUCAGGAACCAAUUGUGUUGUGUGCAAAGUCUUUGGACUGUCUUGGGUGAAUUCAUUUCUCAUGUAUUGCUUUAAAACAUUAAAGAGUAUCAGGUACUUUUUUAUGUUAGCUUCUGCAAUUAUACUUUCCUUCCUUAUGGAGCUAGCUUUAGAAUUCUAUUCUUGAAUUUGGAGUAGCUAUCAUUAGAUGGCUCUGACUUAUGUGUUGAUAAAAAAGAAUGUUGGUGGACAAAUGGGUUUCAUUUUCUUCUCGCAUAGGUUUCUUUCAUUUCAUUUAGAUUGACAUUUGAACCCAGCCCAAAAUGUGCAUCAGGAUGCAUUUAAAUGAUGAAAGCAGACAUCUCUGUCUUUAAACACAAAAAGAGCUUCCUCUUCAUUUAAAGUUCAAGCAAAUUUAUGAUAUUGUAUAACUCAUUUACCUCAAUGAAUGAUUUUGUAUGCUUACAUAAAAACUACUAAGAAAUGUAUCCGAAGUUAGAAUUAGACCCAUUUUUAGUCUAUCUUUUUUCAUUGUCUUGAAAACAGACUAUGUAACUUGAAUAAAAACAAUUAUCAUCCAGCAAA